GGUUUUGAUGGCAAAAUCCAAGGUAAUAGUUCUUUCAAAUUUGUUGCAACUUAAGGCAAUCUUGUCAUCUUAACCUUACUAGUUGUUGCUCAAAUAAAAGCCACAAGGCAUACUCUUGAACUCUCAGAUGACAGUUCCAUUGAUAGAGCUCAUGUGAAUGAUUUAUGCUUUUCAUUUCCUAACUCUUUGCAUAGAGAUACUCCUGAAAGCCCAAUAUCACCAAGUCUACCAAAUUAUGUUAGUGAUUCAGAUGAUGGGAAUGGUAUAUUUGAAUCACCAAAACUGCCAAGUUAUGUUAGUGAUUCAGAUGAUGAGAAUGGUAUAUUUACUUGAUACUAUCAAUCCUUUUCCCACUCCAUAAUUUUAGAACACUAUUGAACUGGUUUUUAUAUUGAUGGUUUGUUUGCAGGUAAUUAAAUGUGUAGGUGAUUUGAUGGUCUGUAUAUUACCAUGAGGUGAGGUGAGUGCGAUUCAUACUUUUUGUUAAAUUUAUAUUUGGUAGUAUAUAUUUCUAUGUUUUAAUAUGGAGUUAAUAGAUUUUUUUGUGAACUUGCAUAAGUUAGAGAUGUAAAACAUGUUUUAUCAUUCUAAAUACUAAAAAGGUGGCAAUUCAUAAAAGCAAUCAAAAGACUCUUCUUUGUGCAUUAUUAGUAGUUUUAUCUUCCCAAUUUUAGUUAGUUAUGCUUGCCUUUUUUGUGUAUUUAUUAUUGUCCACCCACAUAGCAGCCGGUGUCUAAAUUUUCUAUUAACAUAUCAUAUAAUCUUCAUGGUGACCAUUCAAGUGCAUUUUCAAAGGCCUCAGCCUCUCUCUCAUCGUUUAACAGUCUAUUCAAUUAAGCUUCUUUUUUUUUUUUAAUGGAGCAUUUGGAAGAAGAUGGGGAGUAACUAAUGUAGAUAGGGAAGGAAAUUCUGAAUAUAAAGGAAUAUUCAAUUGUCAGUAAUAUUUACCUACUAUCUAUCAGGAUUUAUAUUGUUCAAUAAAGAUAAGCUUCUUUGUCUUUGUGAUGAACUUACCCUUGUUGAUUGCCAAAGUAUAUUACCAAACCAUGCCUCUCACCUGCUGAGUUUUUUUAUGCUAUUAUAUCUGCCACAGAUUCUUCAACCUAUUAUAUUGUAUGUCAGUGGGUUCUGUAUUUUACUUUUUUGCUUAAUUUCUCUUGUUGCUAGGUGGCUGUCAACAUUUUCAGGAACUUGUCACUUAAAGCACAAGUUCUUUGGCUAACUGUCCAAUUGUGACAGUACUUAUUGAAUUGUCCUUGGCCAUCUCCAUACACGUGCAUAAAGAUUAAAGACAUUGUUGCAUA